AUGCUUGAGGACAAAACAGACCUCGGAUGGGACAACGUCGCGCUCGGGCUCACUUUUAUCGCGUUCGAUGCGGGGUUAUCGUUCGUGUUUGGCCUCGGUAUCGGCACGUCCUUGCUCAGUGCGGCCCUGCGCUGCGUCGUGCAGCUCACCGUUGUUGCAACUAUCCUGCAGAAGGUGUUUGCGACAGAGAGCUUUUGGGCGGUUGCAGGCAUUUCAGUACUGUUGAAUCUAUUGGGCACGUUCGAGACGGUCGUGGUCAAGUCCAAUCGCAGGUACCGAUACAUGUUCCCUGCCGUGCUCUUCGCGAUGCUGUUUUCUACGAUCCCUGUCUCGGCCCUCGGCGCACACUUUGCGAUGGGCAUCCGCCCAUUUUGGCGCCCAGAGCAAUACAUCCCGCUCGUCGGAAUGCUCUGCGGUAGCACCGUUUCCGCCAUCGCCAUCGCCGUAUCCCACGUCUUGAAAGAGCUGGACGUCAACAAAGAUCGGACCGAGACGUACCUAGUGUAUGGGGCGACGCGCAUUGAGGCGUGCUUACCCGUUGCGCGCGACGCACUGCGCGUCGCGCUCACGCCGUCUGUCAAUCGGAUGAGCGUACUUGGCAUCAUUGCCAUCCCAGGUAUGAUGACCGGCGCUCUGCUCGGCGGAUCCUCGGUACAGCAGGCCGCACGGCUGCAGAUGGUGAUCGUGUUCAUGAUCUCGUCCUCCGAGGCGCUCAGCUGCGUCAUCACGACGUUCCUCGCGCUGCUCGCGAUGGUCGACCGCGAACACCGGCUGCGCCCGGACCACGUCGAUACUCGGCUCCAUGUGGUGUGGCGCGCGCGCGAUAGAGUGGGGUGGGCCGUGGUGGGCGGCGUGAAGGACGCUGGGAUGGCGGUUGGGAGGUCCCUGUGGCCGUUUGGGAGAAGGAAGCAGGGCACGGCUGAUGGGGUGGGGGAGAGGCAGAGACUCUUGCCCGGAUGAUCGCAUGAUCAGAUCCAGAUCGAGCGGUGCGUCCCGUCGUGGGCUUUUGGGGGGACAAGUCGUAUCUUCAGGCCCAAAAAGACACGGUGAUACUAGAGAGAGUACUUUGGGGGCGUGAGUUUUUUCACCGUGACGUCUUCCAUCGACGUUCACGAUACUUUUGCCAUCGAAAAUAACCACCGCACGUCUGUAUUUCAUCCUAUAUUUAACUAUUCGAAUGUAUUCAUGCG